AUGUGCGGCUGUUACACAGUUGCCCCACCCCAGAGGUGGCUGCAUCUCAGCACUGGGCGAGCCGUCCCCACGCAUUAUCUCAUCCAUUCUCUCUUUCUGCCCUCAGGACUGCUGGUGCGGAGCCUGGAGUAUAACCAGCCAGCCGACAACUACACCGUGUGUCAAGGAGACAAUGCCAUUCUGAGCUGUUCCAUCGACGAGGAGGUGACCCGGGUGGCCUGGCUGAAUCGCUCCAACAUCCUGUACGCCGGGAACGACAAGUGGUCCAUCGACCCGCGGGUCCAGCUGCUCACCAACAGCCCGGCCGAGUUCAGCAUCGUCAUCGCCAGCGUGGACGUGUGGGACGAGGGGCUGUACACCUGCUCCUUCCAGACCCAGGCCAAGCCCCAUACGGCCCAGGUCUACCUCAUCGUGCACGUGCCGGCUCGGAUCACGAACAUCUCCUCGGCCGUGACGGUGAACGAGGGGAAUGACGUGAGUUUGCUGUGCAUGGCCACGGGCAAACCAGAGCCCACCGUGACCUGGAGACAGCUGAGAGACGGGUUCACCAGCGAAGGGGAAUAUCUGGAAAUCACCGAGAUCAACAGGCAGCAGGCCGGGGAAUACGAGUGCGUCACGGCCAACGGCGUCUCUCUGGCCGACAGCAAGAGGGUCCUGAUCACAGUCAACUACCCUCCCACCAUCAAGGACGUGAAGGACGCCUAUCCUCCCAUGGGGAAGCCGGCACUGCUGAGAUGUGAGGCCAUGGCCGUGCCCCCUGCCGAAUUCGAGUGGUUCAAGGAUGACAAGCACAGACUCUUCGGGGGCCUCGAGGGGCUGCGGAUCCGGAAUGAGCGCACGCGUUCCAUGCUGCUCAUCGACAACGUCACCGCUCGGCAUUAUGGGAACUACAGCUGCCUGGCCUCCAACAAUCUGGGGGUCUCCAAUGCAAGCCUGCGGCUGAUACGCCCCGGUUCUCUGGAAAACGUAGCCGUGACCGGGAUGGAGUCCCCCUUGUUCCUGGGCUUGCUGUCGUCUGCCUUUGUGACUCUCCUGUUUAAGAUCUAG